AUGUCUUCUAUCGCCAGCCCGGUCGCUGGCGGUGGUUCUGCUGCCACCAAGCAGUCAGGCACUGCACAUGCUGUAAACGACGAGCUUGUCUCACACCCUACCCCCUCUUCUCAGUCCAUCUCCGGGAUAAAGGAUUUCGCCUCUUCUCUGUGCACCACGCCCGUUGAUCAGGGCGUCAAUGCUGAACAUGUCAACAACGACGACAAUGGCAAAUCACUGCCCAAGGAGAAUAACCACACGACUACUGGCCCCGAGCCCGCCAAAGCCCCUCAGACGCCAGCCAAGAAGACAUGUAACUCGGCCCACAACUAUGGUGAGCUGAGCGGUUCGGAUCGCCGCGAGCAGAUUCCGGUGACGCAUGAUCUCUUGACCUUCCCGAUGACCGCCCAUGAGGAAUUCCAAAACAAUGGUGGAGUUAGCAACUCCGCCAUCGCUAUCAACCAGGUCACCGUCGGCAACGGUGUUCCCUUCAGCACUUCAGAUAUUGACAGCCGCCCCGACGCUGCGUCGUCCAAUAUUUCGACGGGUAACUCUGCCAUACCCACCUCUGGCUCAUCUGCCGACUUCAGCGGUAUCUACAAUGGAUCAAUCCCCACGGAUAAUUUCAACAGCAAUAUCCUUUUCGGUCCGGAGCUGCAAAAGGCACUUUUCACUGAUGGCGGGGCCUCGGCCGACCCCAAGCUGCCCGGCUCAGAAAAUGCCAGUGGUCCCACCCCUGACGGCGCUCAGCCCGUCCAGAUGGCUCCCGUCAUUACCGAAGAGCAGGUUAUCGUGCCGACCACUCCCCAGCGCCCACCUGCCGACCCCCCUCGCCUUGUCGACAUCCCCAUGAUCAGCGCUCCCACUUCGCCUCACCGCUAUGCCGGCCCAGUCAACCAUAACACUAUGCCUUCUAAGCCCGACACGAUCCUCGCCGACCAACUCCGAGGAGACUUCUGGAUCCGGUACCGCAAAGAGAUGCAGCUCCUCGCCACGUACAAGAAGGCCUUCAAUAACUGGACCCUCUUCACCACCACCGAGUCCAACAAGUCCAAGUCCGACUACGACUCCAUCGCCGAGCAGCUCAAGGCAUCCGCCAUCACAGCUCAGGUCGCCUGGACCAAGAAGCACGUCUCGUUCGAAGGAUGGAAAGCCUCAAUCCCGGCCUUGGCCCCUAUAAUUGCCAACAUCCACGAGGACGCUCGAGCGCUCAAGGCCGCCGAGAAGCAAAAGGCCGAGCGCACCGAGUUCAUCAACGACCUACGCGGUAAGCCGGAUAAGCAGCAGCGGAGCGAGCUGGCCAAGUACGAAAACUUCACCUACCUGAUGACGCAGUCCCGCGAGCGCGAGAUGUGGCGCGGCAGGGUCAACGCGCUUGUCAGCGCCCAGGCUAUUAUUGAUGAGCAGCAGCGGAUUGCUGCUAUCGAGGCUCAGCGCCAGAAGGCUGAGGCAGAGGCUGCAGAGCGGCAGAAGAAGGAGGCCGAGGCCGAAGAGCAGCGCAAGGCGGAGGAAGCCCGGGUUGCUGAGGAGACGAGACUUCGCGAUGAGUUUGUUGCUGCCACGGCGGCUCAGGCUGCUGAGGAGAAGAGGGUGAAGGGAGAGGCGCGUGUUGCUGAGGCCCAGCGUGAGGCUCAACGCCUGGCCGACCAGCGCCUCAUCUGUCAGGGGUUUGGAAUUCCCGAGGACCCUCAGCUGCACAAUACUUUCCAGACCGUCUUUUCGUCUCAGGAUACCAUCCAACAAUCCCCGGAUUACAUGCAACUGCAAUCCGAUGAGCCUCUCGACUUCGAUGCCGUUUUCGCCGAUCAGGAUGCCAUGUUCCAGGCCGGCGGCCAGCCUGAGAUGGACUUCACCGUCCCGGACCUGUCGGAUACAGCUUUCAAUCAGCAGUUCACCUUUCCGGAGCUACCGCUUGCUGAGGGCCAGCCAGGUGUGGGCAAUGCAGGCCAGAUUAGCGAAGACAUGGCUCAGCAAUUCUUCUCGGCCGACGCCCAGACGCAGCUCCCGUCCAUCUCGGAAGUCAUGUCGACGACCACUGCUGCUGUGAGCCAGCGGGAGCCGGGGAGCAGCACCAUCACCGCCGAGACUCCGACGGGCAAGAAGAAGGCCCCGGCCCGCAAGAAGAAGACACCAGCUAAGGAGAAGACACCAGCUAAAAAGAGGGCGACGGCAAAGAAGGCCACAGCCAAGGCUACGCCGAUUCCUGACCAGGUUCAGCAGCAGACUACCGAGCCUUCCUUUGGCCUUGACCAAGUCAUGGCGUCGGACCCUUUUGUCUGCUCGCCUACUUUUCAGCAGUCUACCAACAAUGGCCAGGGCAUCUUCAAUAUCAGCAUGCCAGCCAUAGGACAGACACCCGGCCCUGUUGAUACAUCAGUGCCGCAGACCACUCAGAUGACCGGCAUGGACGACCAAAUGUCCUCUGGAAAUGUCAAUAUCACGGCUCAGCAGACGACGCAGAUGCCGAUGGAAAUCCAGGAGGCUUUUACGGCAACUAGUCCCGCUGCAAAGCAGCAGGCGGUACAGAUGCCGGCCACGGAGCACACGCCUUCCGGGACCCCCGGUCCCAUGGCGCAGCAACCCAUCCAGGCACCCUCGAGCUUCACCAUGUUUAUGAAGCAACCGUCUCAGCCGCCCACCCGGGGUUCUUUGCCCGAGAUGCGGUGUCCGCCUUCGGCUCACACCCCGACUCAACCUAGCACGACCCCGGCGUCGGAAAACAAGCGCAAGGCGUCUAUCAGCCAUGGCAUGGAGAUUCCUACCAAGCGCCGCCAGAGCGUGAACCAGCAGGGCGCUGUGGUCUCCAUUGCUCAGCCGCCCCCUGUGCCGGCCGUUCCCCAGGGUCUUCAGAGCCCAGCUCAAGACAACCAGACGCCUUCUCAGGCCGUCCAGACCCCUCAGCAGAUCCCCAUCGACCCUGCCCUCCAUUUUGGCAUCUCACCUCCCAGCGGUGGGAUGAAGUUCGGCACGGCGAUCAAGGCCGGUGUUUGUACUGCCAUCGCGCAUGUCGUGAAGGAGGCCAAAACCGGUACCGUUUUUUCACAGCCGCUACUAGACGGUCCUAUCGAGGACUUCCGGUCAGAGUUCAUUGGCCAUAUCAAGCAGGUUAUCAAGACCCACAUCGUCGCCGUGAAUGCUACGAACCCCCAGGAUGACCAACAGGCCUUCCUCAAGGGCGCCUUCAAACUCCUCCAGGGGAUUCUCCAGGAAAUUGAGCGGCGAGGCUGCGUCUUCAAGAAGGCUCUGCUUUCGGGCCCGGUCAGCGGUGCUGAUUUGAUCCCAGCCAGGAGGGGCAUGUCGGCCGUGUACCAGGCAAUCAUGGCCGAGUACACGUCCCCCCCGAGGUUCGACGGUGGCUCCGCCCAAUCGGCCAAGGUCCAGCAGACGCCCACCCGCACAUCCACCGCCCAUACCCGUGUUUCGAGCCAGAGCAAGAUGGCCAACGGACAGGCUUUGGUCGGCAGUCCUCGUCUCCCGGGCGGUGCCGCUGCCCUCGGCACUCCUGCCCCGGACUACACGAGCUCGCCCCAGAUGAACAGCCACGCCGCCAGCUCGUCUCCUAUGCAGCCGUUCCCGACGCUGUCAGUUGAGGUCGGGUACCCCUCUCCCAUGCAGAACUAUCCCGCUCUGCCGUCGGCCAUGGACGGGCACACCACAGGCUACCCGCAGCAUGGUGCUUCCACGGUUCCCACCAUGCCCACCACCAUGCAAGCUUCGGAUGCCAUGGCCGGUAUCCCCGAGCCAACCAACUACUUCCCGACGCCGGCGGCGCACGAGCAGCAGGCCGAAGAGCUCAAGCCCAAGCCCAAGAAGACGCCCACCAAGCGCAAGUCGCGCGCCCGCAAGGCCUCUACCGCCGUCACCCCCAAACCUGAGCCCACGGCCGACAACACGAGCACCCUGGGCUCUAACCUGGCCCACCCCAUGGCCCAGGAGACCACCCAUGGCACUACCACCACCACUGCCACCAACAACGGCACAACCCAAGACACCAACACCACCACCACCACCACCACAAACAAAGACACCCCCCCCUCCAACCCCUCCAAGCAGUGCAUCCCCCGCCUCUACUACCAGUUCACCGACGGCGCCUUCUACAUGGAGCUGCGCAGCGAGGCCGGCGAGGAGACACACCACCGGAUGGCCCGGGGCACGACGGCGGCCGAGCACAUGCUGGGGGAGUUCGUGGCAGCCGCCCGCGCGGCCGGGAACAAUGACCAAUUGCUUUACAUUACAAUUGACCACACCCGAGUGCCCCCACACAAAAAGACGCAAACACAAUAG